CUGAAGCUAAAAAAAAAGUAAAUGAAGAAGAUAAAAAUGAAAUGAAGAAUGAGUUGAAUACUACAAAAAAUAAUAAGUCUAAUGCUGGACUUUUGACUAAAGCAACUGAUGGACUGGCUUCGCCUAGUGAAUGGGUUAAUAGGCUUAAAUGGUUUGAUAAACUUAGCCGGCUAUGGCAUGGCAGGGAAACAAAUAAAUAUUGUAAUACAAAAUGUAAUUGUCGGGGAAACGUCUUGUCAGGGAAACGUCCUAUUAGAAAUGUUGUUCGACGUUUAAGAUCACAUAAAGACUUUCUACAUAUUUAUUUGGACACAUUGUUUCUUCAUAAUCACCAUGCAGGGUAUGAAUUUCAUAAUGAACAGGUAGAAUUAUAUGCAGAAUACAAUUAUCCUAGAUUGAUAGAUUUUCUAUGCUCUAGCAAUUAUUAUUCACUGGAAGAGGCAAUAGAUUUUGCUAAAGAACAAGUCGAUAAGAUACUUUGA